AUGUCAUCCAACCAACCCUUGUUUGCCUCGGAACGACGCGACUCGUCGACUCAUUCUGAAGAGAGAGCUGCCCAGGAAGAUACAGCGUUGCUCGGCGGCCAGCGGCCAGACGAAUCUCCACCCCGAAGGAGUGCCAAAUUCUGGCGAGAAGUUGGUCUAUUUACUUGGGCAGUUCUAGCAACUGCAGCUGUGCUUGUAUUGGCGGUGGUCCUUCACAAUCAGGCUGCCCAUCAUGGUGGAAAGAAAGCCAAGCCUUCAGGAAAACGCAACUUAAUUUUCAUGGUAUCGGAUGGGAUGGGACCUGCGAGUCUUUCUUUAUCUCGCAGCUUUCGCCAGUAUCAAAGCGUCCUACCCCGCGAUGACAUCCUCGUCCUUGAUCAGCAUUUUAUCGGUUCCUCACGAACGAGAUCAACUAGCAGCCUUGUGACCGACUCAGCAGCUGGAGCCACUGCCUUCUCCUGUGGGUUGAAGAGCUAUAAUGGGGCGAUAUCAGUUCUGCCUGACUACACACCAUGCGGGACGGUCCUUGAAGCUGCGAAAAAGGCAGGCUACAAAACGGGCCUAGUUGUGACAACCUCUGUCACCGAUGCCACACCUGCAAGCUUUGCAGCGCACGCUAAUUACCGACAGGAGGAGGAUUUGAUCGCUCAACAAGAAGUUGGCGAACAUCCUCUAGGACGAGUGGUGGACCUCAUACUAGGAGGCGGUCGCUGUCAUUUCCUGCCGAAUACCACAUCAGGAAGCUGCCGAGGAGAUGAUCGAGAUAUUACAAAGUUAGCUCAAGAAAAGUAUGGGUGGAAUUAUAUCGACAGCAAGCAAGACUUCGACUCCCUAGAGGGUGCCGUCAAGCUUCCGCUGUUGGGUCUAUUCGCAGAUUAUAACUUCCCCUUCGAGCUUGACCGACGCAACAUGGAUGAUAAGUAUCCUUCCCUGGAUGAGAUGGCACAAACUGCUCUCCGGGCUUUAGAGGCAGCUACCCAGGACAGUGACAAGGGAUUCUUCCUUAUGAUUGAAGGAAGUCGAAUCGAUCAUGCUGGUCAUGGAAAUGACCCCGCUGCUCAGGUCAAUGAAGUUUUAGCAUAUGACAAAGCGUUUGCAAGUGUUGUCAAAUUCCUUGAGCGAUCAAAUACCCAGGGUGUCCUUGUUGCAACCAGUGAUCAUGAGACUGGAGGACUAUCAGUCGCAAGACACUGGGAGCUAGUUCCAAGUGGCGAACUCAGUCCCUCUUAUCCAGGUUAUCACUGGUACCCGGAAGUUCUCGCCAAUGCUUCGAGUUCUGCUGAGCAUUCCGCUCGACGCCUAAGAUCCCAUAUUUCGAAUGGCGGUGAUAAGCUCAAAGAUUUCGUGAGUGAGGAGCUUGUUCAGGAGGGUCUUGGUAUUAUGGAUGCUACAGAUGCCGAAAUUAAAAAUGCCCUCGAUAAUCCUGAAGUCAGCCACUAUAUAUUUGCCGAUAUGAUUAGCCGGCGCGCACGAAUCGGCUGGUCUACCCACGGCCAUUCAGCGGUUGAUGUGAAUAUAUAUGGAUCAUCUGGAUCAGACCCUCUUCGCGGAAACCACGAGAAUACUGAGGUUGGUAAUUUUCUUGCGGAUUAUCUAGGUUUGGAUAUUGAUGCUAUUACGGACGAGCUGGUUAAAAAGUCCUCCGACUUCAGCAUCAACAGCAUGGGCGGAGCGCCUUGGACAGGACAAAUCCCAACCGAGGAGAUGUUACAGUCAAUGGAAAUGACGCAUGGGAUGGUUCAUGAAAUGGAACCAUAA